AUGGAGGGCAGAGCAUCAGGGGCAGCUGAGUGUAUAAAAGUGGGCCUCCAUCUGCCACAUGCUCUGCGCAUUGGCAUCAUCCCUGCCGGAUCUACUGAUUGCAUCAUUAUGAGCGUGACAGGCUCUCGAGACCCCACCACGGCAGCUCUGCACGUGGUUCUGGGCCACCGCAUGCCUCUGGACGUGGCGAGAAUCACCACGUGGAAGGAAGAGGAGCAAUCAGGGAAGCAAGGCGCGCAAUCAGAUGAGGAAAAAGAGGAGGAGAGGGGGAAGGCAGAGAGAGGUGGAGAUAUUGCGGGCAGUGGAGGCAGGGAGGACUGGGGAGCAGGAGAAGCGGAGCAUGCGAGAGAGGGGUUUGUGGGUGGAGAUGGAAGAGAUAUGGCUGGGAGCGAAACAGAAGGGGCUAAGGCAAAGACAGAAGAAAAGGAGGAGGACGACGAGGGUGUGGAGGUCCGCUAUGCUGCAUCCUUUUUCGGAUAUGGGUUUUAUGGCGAUGUGAUUCGCCGCAGCGAGGGGCUCAGAUGGAUGGGGCCAGCGCGGUACGACUAUGCUGGGCUCAUGACAUACCUGCACCACAGCAGCACCGAUCUCUCCCAGCUCGCACGCUCCUCCCACAGCCUCCUCACACUCGACAGCUCAUCACUCGACCCGGCCCAGAACUCUCACAGUCAAUCGGGUGCUGCCACGUCAGCACCUGUGGGUGUAGCUGAGCAAGAGGAGUUAUUGCAGAAAGGAGGGCAGAGUGGAGAGGGUGUGUGUGCGGUGGGGGGGACGGAGAAGCAGAGUGAGGGGCUGAGGCCCUGUUGGAGGAUGGUGCGAGGAAAGUUCCACAGUGUGGGGGCGGCAGUGAUGUCAUGCCGCAAUGACAAGGCGCCAGAUGGCGUCGCGGCACAGGCCCACCUAGCGGACGGCAACCUGCAUCUCAUCCUCAUCCGCAAGUGCUCCCGCCCCGAGUACCUGCAGUAA